UGUUCAUUUUACAGUCAACCUUACCUGGCGGGGAAUUCCCAAGUUAAUGUAUUAAUUCAUUUGUGUUAUUGCUGGUGAAUAUCUUUCUGAUGCGUUGAGAUCAAAUAUGUUUUAUGGAUAAAGAAUAAACCGUGAUUUAAGAAAAGCACGCACACAUGGUUAAGCCAUCAAUUAUGCCUGAAGCGCAUUCAUCAUCGUGGUUGCUGUUGACCUUGACCUUUGUCGGUCUCACAUUAUCUCAAGAACAAUCCCAAGCACCUGCAGGAAUCCGACUUUCAGUGCCAGAAAGCGAGUUUGACCGCUUUACCACUUUGAGUAAUGACCGGCGGAAACAUUUGUUGAAGAAAAUCCAGUUUGCCAAUUUGACUGGCCACGACAAUGACCUGUCAUGGACCCUAACAAAUAUCCACGGGUCUAAGCUGAUAAACAUAGAGGCACACGGCAAGUUUGGAGACGAUGGUAACGUAAAAAUAUAUGGAAUAUUGAGUAAUUGUUCUCUGAUGAUGAAUUGGUCAAUGUCAGAGGUGCUGGUCGUCGGAAAAGCACAGAGCAUUAUGCAAAGCCAAGGAAUACUAGACGUAGAUGUGGGAUCAGUUUCCAUUAAGUAUACGAUCCAAGCAGUCAUGAAAGGUGGCUCACUAUCGUUGAAAAUGCACCGAUGUUCGUUGGAAGUAUCCCAACUCAGUGUAAAAUCAGUCGACAGCAACCUUAACCAAUUUGUCGAACUGAUUGCCAGCUCUUUCUCACCAGACUUGAAGAAGCUGUUGAAUGAUUCGGUUUGCAAGGAUCUCGUAGAAUCAACCGUCGUUGUACAACACAUGUUCGCAUCCUCACACUUGAAACAGAGCUACAGUAAGUUUGGAGAGAAUGUCACGAUAGACGCCUCGUUCCUGAGCAUGAAUAUCAGCAAAGGAGCAUUCCAAGCUCUGCACAAGGGAGAUGUUUGUUUAAACGGCAAAUGUUUACCGGUAACGGACGCUGAGUUUCCACACGAGCCGCCGUCAGAUGGCAUUGCUGUCGACAUUAAAAAGGAGGUCCUGGACAAUGCGAUCAUUCUGUUGAAAGAAACCAAACUGCUGGACAUGGAACUGACAUUCCAAACGAUAAUCGAGAAGAAACUUACAUGGUUAAAUAUGACCUGCUGGAACACACUUUGCAUCGAAAACUUUUUUCCGGAUAUCGCUUCGAGAUGGCCAGGGAGGGUCGUCGGUGUGCGCAUGCGUGUUGGAAACAUCCGAUUGUCGUUUGCAAAUUCGGCAAUUGUAAUUUAUGCCGAGGGUCGGGUGUAUUUUUCUGCUGACAACGCUACUGAUGUGACAAACAUGUUUUCAGCAGACUGUCGUCUGGAAGUGCCGUUAGUGAUGCAAUUCAGGAACAAUACACUGUCAUUGAAAGCAAGCGGAAUUGGAGGAAGUUUUGUGAUCGACCAAUCGUUUGUUGGACAAAUUCUGAACCCACAAUUACAGCAGUAUAUCAACGAAACGGUCGUUGAACAGCAGAUUUUGCCGAAAAUUCACGACCAAAUCGAAAAACACAUCAUCUCAUACCAUAUUCCUGUUGCGAAAGACAUGGCUUUUGAUUCUGCCAAGAUUAUCUUGUUUGAUGACAUGAUACGGCUUCAAGCUAACCUGUGCGACCCCUUUGGCAGCACGUGUGGUACUGCACCUUCCGACGAGUGGGUGGGGAACAUGCAGGUUCCACGCCUUCAAAUCGAUGACAUCGUACCCACAACGCCGGCGCCCAAAAGCACGACAAAAAACCCAACUAGCAGUGGUCAGAUGGCAACGUUUUCCCUGGCGCUGUUGAUAAUUUGGUGUUCUUCAAUAUUGAUGUAAUGGAAUAUUCAUGACAGCCACGCCUAUAAACUUUACUUUAUGCUUAAUAACCAAUCACACAAAAGGUAGGCAGAUUGUUAAGUUGUCAUAGUACACAAACCCGUUAAUUCACGAAGACAUUUGCAUACAUUUGUUAUAUUAAAUUGGCCUAACUUAUAAGAAAUAAAAAAUACCAAUAACUUCAUAACGCACCUUGUGUCGCAAUCUAAAUCAGCGCCAAAUAAAAUAAUCACUCGGUUAUUCGUUGCAAUGAGCGCUGAGAAUGACAUGUUGUGUAAUUCUGGCGAACAACAGUAACACAAUAUUUCGAUCAAAUAAAGAUGAUUAAGCGUUGUUUUAUUGAUUGACAGUGCAACUAAAACAACUUUUCAGUUUG